ACACUCACGCGGAGAGGGAGAAGUGGAAGGCUGCGUGGCGCGGGAAGCGUUUUUGGGACGUGGUGGAUUUGUACGUGGGCAGGAUGCGUCGAGUUGGGACGCACAUUGGCUGGAUGUACCGCAGCACGCUUUGGUCGGCGUGCACCUGAAACGCCGUCGUUGCCGGAGCUCAAUUCCAAAAGAAUCACAACAUCAGCCUUCGCCUGUUUUUUUUUUUUUUUACCGCGUGAUGCCGGGAGAAAAGUUUGGGGAGGAGACGCAGACGAAACCCCCCCACACACGGCAAUACCAGCAAGCAGCAGACCCCCCCCCCCUCACCCCAACAGUGAUGACUUGAGGAGUCGUCGCUGAGGAGCAGCCAAGACGACUCGAGAGAGCGAAAGGCAAAAACAAAAGAAAAACAAAACAAAAAAAAAACGGCUCCAGGAGAGAACGCCAACCUUCACGAUGGCGGUCAAGUGCCGAGCGAUGGAGGUGCUGAUCCUGGCCGCGCUCUCGUGGAUGUGCGUGUGGACCGAGGAGAAGAUCAUCUUUGACAGGCACUCCGUCUACUGGAACAGCUCCAACCCCAAGUUCUGGCACGGGGAAUACCGGGUGGCGGUGAACAUCAACGACUACCUGGACAUCUACUGCCCCUACUACGAGGGCCCGCCCAACCACGGCCGCAUGGAGCGCUACAUCCUCUUCAUGGUCAACCAGGAGGGCUACGCUUCCUGUCAGCACCGGCUGCGCGGCUUCAAACGCUGGGAGUGCAACCGGCCCAGCGGCGCCGACGGGCCCCUCAGGUUCUCCGAGAAGUUCCAGCUCUUCACGCCCUUCUCGCUGGGUUUCGAGUUCAGGCCCGGACAUGAGUACUACUACAUCUCAUCUCCUCAUCCCAACCACGUGGGCCGAGCGUGUCUAAAGCUGAAGGUGUAUGUCAGACCUCCUGAUGGCUCGGGGUACGAUUCUCCGGAGCCCUUCCUGACGGACGGCGGUCGCAGCUGGAGGCCAGACUCUGUGGGCCGAGUAGCAGCUCCAGCCUGGCUCCUGCUCGGUCUCUUCUUCUGGCCGUGACCCACUGACCCCGCCCCCAACCGUCUUCCUGGAGCUCCUCGCCCCGGGAUCCUGGGAUGCCGGGCCGGACUGAGCUGGCUGUCCCUCGAAACUCCACCACCUCCCUCAGGGAAGCCCUUUGACCCCGCCCCAUCCACCUUCCCUUGCACCCCCACUUAUCUUCAAUGCGACCACCAGCCACCACCACUGCCACACCCCCUGCCCACCCGCCCUCCAUGGCCCAACCACGGACACCCUUUACCAGACCUGGCAAGUCUCCAGGGGGGUGGACCGGAUAUGUUUGCACUCUGGGAAAAUGUCCUUUCACUCGUAUCAGGAUCUUCUUUGGAUGUGACGAUAGACUCUCGGCCGGCGAUGAGGUUGAGGUCGCCGUGGACUUGUCAUCCAUCCAGAAGCUCGGCCCGGAUGCACAAAACGGUUUUUGUACUCCCAAAGCCUGAAGCGCAAGUAGCCAAGCCUGCAUUUUGUUUAAUUUUUUUUUACAACCUAAUCAAAUUCUUGCCGUCGACUUAACCGAUCGGGAUCAAUCGCCAUGACAACCAUGACAACUUUAACCAUAGCCUGUUUUUGGGAGGCUUAGCGGGUGGGGUCUGGCGAGGGGUGUACAUUUUCAGGUGGGAUGUUGUUCUCGUCUCGUUUUGUUGUUUCUAAACUAAAGCAUUUAUCACCGCCUGCUCUCGACACAGGCGCCAGUCUUGCACUUGUCUUAGUCCAACGGCUUCGGGUGACUUCUGGAACCAUGACUUUUUACUCCUGUAUGAAUGUACCACCGGUCACCCCCACCUCUUUUGUGUUUGUGUAUCGUUACGACUGUGGUCACUUCUCUCAGACCGGUGAGCGGGGCGGGUUCUGGGGUUGCGGUUUCUUGGGGAACGGGUUCUCGGGACCGGGAGGUGGGGGUUUGAUGAAGAGGUUGGCGAAGGGGUAAGAGGCGGCGCCACUCGAGUUGCAUGACCACUGUGAACAACCCCUCAGAACAAGCUUGUUUGUAUUGAUGAUCUAUUUUUUCAUGGGGGGGGGGGGGGGGCAGAAGCACCCUGCCGCCACUCUAGGUUCUCCCAAGACUUUUUUUUCAGACAGCUGACAGGAGGAGUCUCUCUCUUCGUUGGGAACGGCAGAUGGGAUGGAGUCACUGGAUGAAACCAAGCGGCAACCAUCCCAGAGACUCGACCCGCACCCGCAACAGACGCUUGCUUAUUCGAACUGGUCUUGGCUCUUUAAAACCAGUCGGAAAGGAAAGCGCGUGGAUUGUGACGAGGGUGGGAGUGCCACACACACACACACACACACACACACACACACACGCACAUGCAGGAUGGACUGAGUUUUACGUCAAAAGAUGCGUGGAAGAAAGUGCAAAUUUUGUUGCUGGGAAGCGAACAUAUCGGAGUAAAGCACUGUGAAGACACGCAGACAUGCAGAGAUACAGUCUGCCCUCGCAAGAAUUUUGUGGCAUUUUAAGAAAAAGGUAUUUUUUUUUUGUAAUUAAUUUUAAAGGGGCGGCCCGGUAGUCCAGUGGUUAGCACGUGGGCUUCACAGUGCAGAGGUACCGGGUUCGAUUCCAGCUGCGGCCUCCCUGUGUGGAGUUUGCAUGUUCUCCCCCGGUCCUGCGUGGGUUUUCUCCGGGUGCUCCGGUUUCCUCCCACAUUCCAAAAACAUGCGUGGCAGGCUGAUUGGACGCUCUAAAUUGUCCCUGGGUGUGAGUGUGAGCGUGGAUGGUUGUUCGUCUAUGUGAGCCCUGCGAUUGGCUGGCAACCGAUUCAGGGUGUCCCCCGCCUACUGCCCGGAGACGGCUGGGAUGGGCUCCAGCACCCCCCGCGACCCUAGUGAGGAUCAAGCGGAACAGUACGGAAGAUGAAUGAAUGAAUGAAUUUUACAGGUAAUUUACAGGGUAAUUUUUUAAUUUUUAAUUUUUUAAUAUAUAUUUUUUUAGUUUGAUCAAAAAUCACCUUUUUUUUUUUUUAACACGGGAAUUUUAUGGAUCCUGUUUGAACAUUUUUCGGAAAUUCUCGAGUUCAUGUCGCUCACUCGAGUGCACUGCGUUCCAAGACGAGGCGCCAUUUCACUGGAGCUCGCGAGAGUAAUAGUAGAACAUCACCGCCCCCCCCCCCCCCCCGCACCCUCCACCCAUUGUAAUUUCCCGCUAAAUUCUUGUGAGUUGCGGAUCAUAUGUUGAAAAGCACACAAUACAAGGCAUGCACAUAUACACAACACAACACACACACACACAAACAAGGGGAAGCACUUCCUUCCCGGUUUCCUCUUAUUUUUGUAGCAUUUAAAAAAAAAAUCACUGUUAAAACCUCCUGCGUGGGAUGCAGUGAUGGGGUGGGCGAGAGUGAGUGUAGCCUGUGGAAGAUUAAAACAAACAAACAAACAAAAGAAAAAAAAAAAGGUGUGUCUUCUUUUCUUCUACCGAUGCCGUCCUGCUAUUUCUUCUCCGGUUCAUGAUCCGAUGCUCAUUUUCGUGCUUGGUGCAGAAAGAUGCCUCGGGGUCCCUAUGGU